AUGUCAGUGAUAUUUCACGAGAAUCCUGGCACAAGUUUGGGAAAUAUCGUAACACAGAUAAAUAACGAUACUGAGAAAAGUCCAGAAUGGAUUGAGAAUCUUUUUUCGAACGCUUCAUUUAUCGAUUCGCCAACACAUACUGUGAUUCGAGGAUUUUGUCAAGAUGUGUUUAGCUACAGGAUUCCGGGUUUUGAGUGAGUUUUGUUUCAAGAGAAUAUUAGAAAGUCACCAAUCAAAUAAAAAAGUUUCAAAAUUCCACACCCCUCCCCCUUGAUAACUUCUCAUUUCCAAAAUCAAUACAAAAUUUGCAGAAUCCGAUAUUGGGAUGCAGCAAUUCUUCUUCCGAAUCUACUAUUCUUGCUAUUCCUCUUCUUCAAAUGUCAAAACGUAAUAAAUCGAUGUCAAAAAGGAAACUCGCCAGUUUUCCGCGCAUUUUUUCUUCUCGUAUACAUUUCCACAUUGGUCAAUGUUAUUCGAUCUGUCUACAGUAUGACAAUAACAAUGACCAAUAAUCCAUUGGAAGAAUCAUUGAAUCAAACAUUAUGGAUUAUCAUCAAGUUUUUCUAUUUAACUGCCGAGUUUUCGGCGUUGACUUUUGCUUUACUUUUUGGCCAUUUGGAUAAUGGAAGAUCAAUUUUGAUUGCUUUAUUGGUCACAUUAGUUUUAUCGAUUCCACAUACAACUGCACAACUUUUGAUUGAAAUGAAGCUUGUGAACAUUGUAAGUUUAAAUAUUCCAACUUCUUUUGAAAAUUUCAUUAAAAAAUCGCUUAUUUUCAGAGUUGGAUUGAAAAUCCAUAUCUUGAAGUAGAUGUUGGUCAAAUCUUCUGGAUUCUCUCAUCAACUCUCAUUGCUCUCGCAUAUUUCAUAGUCUUGUGCCUUCCCCUAAUCUGCUGCCAGAAAUACACAAAACUUCCGAGCAAACUCUCUUUCUUCAUUUAUUGUAUGAUGAUGAUUUUGUUGAAUUUAUUCCAAGCUUUUGGUGCUACUUUGAUAUUAUUCAAAUCAUCUGAUGGGUUAUGCUUUGUGGGACUUUCGACGUAUGUAUAUUUCGUUUUGUAUCCUCCAAUUAUUUAUUUCGCAUUUUUUGAGAAAGAAGAUGAAGUAAGUUCAUUCAUUCAUGAAAAAAAUCUAAUCCUUCUCAUUUAAUUUUUCUUUCUUCAGAACUCCACCCAAUAAUCAAUCAGGUUUAUUCAUGUAUCGAAAACACAAAGAUGAGCAAGGUUCCGGCGAGCUGCCAGAUGUAUAUAUGCCCCGAUUCUCCGGGCUCACUUCUCCUUCCUAUGAUGAUUUAUUCGAUUAUAAUCGUGAUGCUCGUUUCACUCAUUACGACAGUUCAACAAAUGAAUAUGUACAGGUUUGUGGAGGGAAUGGAAAUGGAGAAAAACAGACAGACACAAUCUUAUUUGUCGAUCGGUCAAAAUAAAUGAUCGGGAAGAUUUUUUUUGCUGCAUUGAUGUGAAACAAAUAAAGAGAAAAAGAAACAAACAAACAUCGAUCAUUCUCGUUAGAUAGUUUUUAUUUAUGGGGGAAGGAAAAGAACUUGACUUGAAAUAACGGCAGGGGUCAUAUAGUUUCAGGGAUGACUAGGGAACUGACAAUUUUCUUUGAGAAGUUUAUAUAGAAGACAUUAAUAUUAUUUCAGGGGUCAUUUUAUUUUUGAGGCUCUCUUCUAAAACUACUGAACCUCCCCUCUCAACAUCCGAUUUUUGCAGAACCAUCAUCACUACAACACUUACUCCACACCAUUGAUUAUGUCAACAAUCGAAACAGCCGAAUCAACAGUCACAACUCGAACUGGUUCAGAUGAUUAUACUCAUCACAGAGAUUCAAUGCUCUUCGAUACUUCGACAACAACAAGGCAUCUCAAAGGUCUUGGCCCUCAUGGUUCACUUGUUUUUGAAGAUCACAACCCAUCAAAUCAAUGA